AUUGCAAAUUCAAACGCCAGAAAGAAAAGAAGUGUUUUCACAACAUAUUUUGUUUGUUAUCGAAAAAAUGAUCGACUGAAUAACUCUGACAUGGCUCGUCGAGUUCCUUGGAGACGAGUUUGUCCUGAUGUUGUCGCGAGCAGGAUCGAUGAAACGAUCCAAGCAAGAAUUUAUCUUCUACGCGAGACGGGACCAACGGGGUUUCUUUUGAAGGAAGAUGGUUCGGAUCGCAAAUUAAAGGUUUGUUUUCGUAAAGUUAAUUAUUUUUACCAAAAUAAUUGUUCACAGAAAACAUCCUCUAGCAACUACAUUUCUGCUUUUGCUUUUACGUAUUCCGAAUUUCUUUGAAUUGACAGAGCUUAAGUUAAACAUGCCCAAAUAUGUUUAGUGAGACAGUUUCAUAAUGAAACUGUAGUCAGUCAGCCAGGAAAUUAAUUAGCUUUUAAAAUCUAGAUAGAGGGAGGGUUCUCAUAUGCCACCAACCUGCUUGUCGCUGGAGACAUGAACUUUUUGUCCUCGGGAGGUGAUGUUGAAGUGAAGUCCCAUGGACAUGUGACAUGUUACUAUGACAUGUUGCUGGUGAAAAGGCCUGCGAAAUGAUAGAUGAGAUAUAAGUACCGCCAAUGUGUCUGCCGCUCUCUCCUCCACAGAGGCUCCCGCUGGGUAUCCCCAUCAAAAUAUCAAUUAUCGAAAAAAUAGAAAGCGCGCUCUCUUUUUUUUCUCCCCAGCCUCCCCACAACACAAAGAGGCCUCUGCGGAGGAGAGAGUGUCUGCCGGCUGCUUGAUUGUAUGUCGCCGGCUACUCAGACCCCUCUACAUAGCUUCAGGGGCCUUGCUGCCCCUUGAUUGUCACAGCCGCCCAGAGUCGGCCGCCUUCUUCAAAACAUUUUGAAACCCCCAGUAGUAUCCUUUGCAGCCGCUUAGGCCAGAGUCAUCCAAUGCUCCCCAUCCCCUCCAGGGGCAGGCCUGUCAACCCACAGGAACUUAAAAUCUGGACAUUUUUAAAAAGGCGGGUCAAAAUCUGAAGAUUCAUUUAGUCAGAAAGAAAAUGCCUUUAGUUUUCUUGCAGCUCACCAUUUUUUAGUCCCUCAGGUGCCCACCUUCAUGCCAUCAUGGUCAUCAGUAGCUGGUUAUGGUGAAUUAUGCGUGUGCUUUUAGCCAAUCAGAAUCGGGGAAAUAUUUUGAAAAUAUUAAUAAUAAAGAUAAUUAUUAGAAAUGAUGUGAAAAUUGUCAAAAGUUGAAAACUAUCAUCAGCUUCUUUUCAAAAUUGUUCAUGUCAGUUUUCCAUGAGAGCAAGUUAAAACUGGCAGCUCUCAAAAGACCGGGAGAUUGGCUAGUUUGUUGGGGAAUGUCAGUUGGCUACCAGAACUUAAGGCUUUGUAGAAAUUGACCAUAUAUCUUUACAUCAGUGUAACAUUGAACUAUCAUACAAAAAAAUGUAUUUUCCUUGCUUAGUAAGAUAUAAGUUUUGCAGCUUAAAUAAAUUAUUAUUUGUAUAGUAAGGUACAGUUGUCUUCACAUGAUAACAAAGGGAUUGAACUACCCAUGACUUUUCUGUUGUUAGGUCUUCUUAGGAGACCAGCAUUCUUGUACAUGCCAGACUUUUAUGAAGGAGAAAGAGCUCUGUGUUCAUAUCCUAUGGUAA